UGAUCCCUGGUGUGAACCACUUUGUAAGUGUCAGCUUUAGCUCACCGAUUGAUGUGUCUGAAACGAGCCUGGCUAGAUGCAAUGGGACGAUCCUCAAGAGACGCUGAAGGCAUACUUAGAGGCUCUUUGAGUCGACAUGGUGCUGUCGAUACCUACGGUGCAAACAGCAUCUGGUGGAGUUCUAGUAGUGAUCGCAGUUGUUAGGAGGUACCUGCCUUUCAGAUGAGGCAUGUCGCGAUGAUGCUCGCGACGCUAUCCAUCGUCCUACUCCGAGUUGUUGACUCCCAACACCAUCAGCAUCAUGAUAGACGUGAAGAGAACAUCAAAUGCAUCAGCGCCGCCGCGAGGCCGGGAACGGUUUGGAGGCAACUGUUUGCUGUGCCGCGAGUCGUGAGACACCUUGAGAGCGCCGCAUUGAAGGAAUUCGAAUUGUGGGUCCAUGUCUAUGUCAUCUUCAUCCUUCGUAUCAAAACGGACCUAACCUUGCUUCCUUUUCACGCCGUGACUAGUGAUGCAGAAGAUAGCAUCACAUGAAUGCAUGUGCUACAGUACGUAUAAUCGUCCUUGUGCGGGUAGCACCGAUCAAGCUUCUGCGGGUGCCCUGUAGGUACUCCGUGCUUCAUCGUGGAUUGAAUGAGGCAACCAGCAUGCUGUUGGAGCACGAGGUACCCUCAACAUAUAGCCUGCGAUCCCAUCCUUUUGGUACGUGAUCCCUGAAGGUCGACAUGCCCUGUGAGCCCCACAACAUCACGUUCGACGACAAAUCACCCCUCUUUCAUUAUCUACCUUCCAAGGAUGGUCCAUCGAACGUGUCCUGGUCCAUCGCGGUCGGACAAGCUGGAUACCGGGUAGGUUGCGAUGUUAUCUCCAAAUUGUAGC